UGUUUUAUUUUGGCUUGUGAAGCGCAAAUCCCCAAACAGCUAGCUAACUAGCUGAAAAAGCUAGUAAAUGUAACAAAAUUACACGACAAGAACCGCUUUCUUCCGUAGAUAUUGCAGAUAUAGCAUUAGUGUAUUCUGCGUGUCCGGGGUGCUGCUGUCUGCUUCCAAGGCGCCGAUUUGCGAAGAAACAGAAGUGUUGUGUUAUAACGAAAUAUACCGGCUGGAAAAGCGAACUAAGACGGGCUAGCGGUAGCUGUUAGCCCCGAGAGGGUAGCGGAGGCGCCCGGUUUGGCGACCAUUUCUGUGAGAGUGGCUCCGAGCGCCGGCUGUCAGUCGGUAGGAAGGAGUGGGACGAGCGGCCUAUGAGGAAACAACGUCAAAAAGGCCACGCGGGCCCAGGAGGUGAAGUAGAUGUUAGGUCCAAUGGAGCGAUUGGUGGGAGAGGAGCCGCCCGCCAGCGAUCUCCUUCUCCUUAUAGCCUUAAAGCGUCUCCAACCCGAGAGACUCUUUCUUAUUCUCAGGCUCAGAAAGUGGUGGAGGUGGAAUUGGAUGGAAGGCUCCACCGUAUUUCCAUCGUUGAGCCUUUGGAGGUCAUUACAGAGGACGAAAUGAUGGCUCAGGACAUCAGCGAGUGUAACAGCAACAAAGAGAACAGCGAGCAGUCAUCAGGCCCCACCAGCAGUGCCCAAACAACCCGCAAACGCAUCACACCAAGAGGUCGCAAGAAAGACUCCAAAUGUUUCUCCGUCAGGUCAACGCAGCCCUCCAAGAACCACUGCCCUAGUUCUCGGCCACAGUCCUUAGAAAAGCUACAUUCAUCACACGGUAACCAUGUGACUCUCCCCGAACCGAAGUUCCGUGUCCAGGAGACAUUCACACCGGUCGAAGCUCCUCCUCUACCAGCAGCAUACUAUCGUUAUAUCGAACCCUCCAGUGAGGAGCAUGAAGGAACGGCAGAAUACGACAUGGAUGAAGAAGACACUGCCUGGUUGGAGAUGGUCAAUGCUGGCCGAACAUCCGACGGUUCCUCGGCCAUCUCACCGGACACUUUUGAGCUGCUGGUAGAUCGGCUGGAGGAAGAGGCGUACCGCGAAGCCCGCAGCCGGGCGCCAUCUCAGAGCUCUAUCGAUGACGAUGCCUUCUGCUGUGUGUGCCUGGAUGAUGAAUGUCUCAACAGUAAUGUCAUUCUCUUCUGUGACUCCUGUAACCUGGCUGUGCACCAGGAGUGUUACGGGGUCCCCUACAUCCCUGAGGGCCAGUGGCUGUGCCGCUGCUGUCUGCAGUCUCCUCAGAAACCAAUUGACUGUGUUUUGUGUCCAAAUCGAGGCGGCGCCUUUAAACAAACCAGCGACGGCCGAUGGGCCCAUGUGGUCUGUGCUAUAUGGAUACCCGAGGUCUGUUUUGCCAACACUGUGUUUCUGGAGCCAGUGGAAGGAGUGAGUAAUAUUCCCCCAGCGCGCUGGAAGCUGACCUGCUACCUGUGCAAACAGAAAGGCCGCGGCGCAUCCAUCCAGUGUCACAAGGCCAACUGUUACACGGCAUUUCACGUCACGUGUGCUCAGCGCGCUGGUUUGUUCAUGAAGAUUGAGCCGGUGAGGGAAACAAACGUCAACGGAACCACGUUCUCGGUGAAGAAGACGGCGUUCUGCGAGGCCCAUUCUCCGCCGGGACAGGACGCGGGGUCAGACGAGGAGACUGAAGGACGGGUGGUGGGGAGCCGAGGGAGGGCCAGCAGAGGACAGAGCGCCUACACUGUCGGUCCAACCACGCCAAAAAAAGGCAGAAAGCCUGAAGAUGAUGGGAAGAGUGAUAAAAAGAAAGGCAAGAAGGCUGAAGAAGCAUCGCCUAAACACACAGGUUCAUUACAGGUGGCAAUUCCUCAGAUCCCCACCAACAGGUUGAAUAGCAUAUGCAAAGGAAUCUUCCUCCAAAGGAAGAACCACUUCAUACAGCGCUUGUAUUACUAUUGGCGACUGAAGCGCCAGUCAAGAAACGGCGUGGCGCUGGUCCGGCGCCUGCACUCGAAUGUCCAUCCCCAAAGGAAUAUAGAGCAGCCUGAAGUGGACGAAAAGAUUUCUGCGGCACGAGAAGCUCUGAGAUACUGGCAGAAGCUGCGGCAUGAUCUGGAAAAGGCGCGGCUGCUGGUGGAGCUGAUCCGCAAGAGAGAAAAACUCAAACGAGAGCAGGUCAAAGUUCAGCAGGCAGCUCUGGAGAUGCAGCUGACUCCGAUGCUGAUGCUGCUUCGUACAACUCUGGACCAACUUCAAGAGAAGGACACAGCCCACAUUUUUGGCCAGCCAGUUUGCAUAAAAGAAGUUCCUGACUACCUGGAGUUUAUCAGCCAUCCCAUGGACUUCACCACCAUGCGCUCCAAGCUGGAAAGCCAUCUCUACUGCUCAGUGUCCGAACUGGAGGCCGACUUCAACCUCAUGGUGUCCAACUGCCUCCUCUACAACGCCAGGGACACCGUCUUCCACAGGGCUGCGCUACAUCUCCGGGACCUAGGGGGCGCCAUUCUGCGUCACGCUCAACGACAAGCCACAAACAUCGGCCUGGACCUGGACACUGGCAUGCACCUCCCAGAGUCUCCCCAGAAGAGAGACUUCUACAGCUGCACCUGGGAGGACGUCGACAGCGCGCUGGAUCCCAGGAACAGACUCCACAUGAGCGCGGACGAGCAGCUGAAGGAGCUCCUGGAGAAGCUGGACUUCGUCACCUCCAUGCGGUGCAGCGGCGCCCGAACUCGACGCAUGCGCCUCCUCCGCCGUGAGAUCAACAGCAUUCGCUACAGGCAGGGUCAGCCCCCCCGGCACAGCCUCCUUAACGGCCAUUUUAAGGAGGAGGAGGAGGACGACGAUGAAGAGGACGGUGAUGAAAAAGAAGCAAAGACAGAGAACGGCCGUUUGUCCUCCGACAAAGAAGACCUCAAGUCCACGUCCCCCCCGACACUGGAACCAACAGGCCCGGCUCCUCCUCCGCGACGGGGGGAUGCGCCUCUGGAGCCCCCCACCCUGCGCCCCAUCACGGCGGAGCCCCCCUAUUGGCCCUGCAAGCGGCCGAAGACGGACGGCGGCGUGCCGAGCGGCCCCUCCCACAGCUCUGAGGUCCAGGAACAGGCUGCGGCGCCGUGUGAACAUUUGCACAGAGAAGGUCACGUGGCGUCCAACCCUCCGCCGUGUCCUCCCACCGGCGGCGUGGGACGGCGGACGUCCGUAUUAUUUAAGAAAGCAAAAAACGGUGCCAAGCUUUUCCGAGAAAGAGACAGGACUUUACGGCAUGGAAAAGGAGCGCCGGAUGAACAGGACUCCUCCUCAACAACCCCGUCCACUACUCCUCUGUCCACUCCAACCAAGACCCCCCAGAGGAGCCCAGGACCCCCCACCCUGUCCCAACUGUCCACCCAGGACCUGUGCUCAGAGCCUGAGCUGGACAGGAUUCAGACGCUGCAAACGGGACUAACGAACGGCUUUAAUGUCCACAAAGACGAUGGGUCUGACUCCGAGUCCUGUCCGGUUCUGCACAAAGAAACCAACUCUCCCCCUAAACGAAGCCUUGGAAAACCGGCUCUUUCCAGAGUUCCUCUCUUUGAGAUGCUCAAUGGAGACUCGGAUUACUCUGGCGUGGGCGGCCAGACGCCGGAGCAGGACGUGGAGCUGGAGCCUCUGGAGCUGGUGUGGGCUAAAUGCCGCGGAUACCCAUCAUACCCGGCGCUGAUCAUUGAUCCAGACAUGCCACAAGAGGGCCUGCUGCACAACGGAGUUCCCAUACCUGUCCCCCCCAGGGACGUCCUCCACCUGGGGGAGCAGAGACAGGAGGAAGCCAAUGAAAAACUCUACCUGGUUCUGUUCUUUGACAACAAGCGGACGUGGCAGUGGCUCCCCCGGGACAAAGUGACCCCUCUGGGUGUGGACGACACGGCUGACAAGCUGCGCAUUAUGGAAGGUCGCAAGUCCAGCAUCCGCAAGUCCGUGCAGGUGGCGUACGACCGCGCCAUGAUCCACCUGAGCCGCGUCAGCCACAGCCACUGCUUCGUGGCCCCCAGCUUCUUUUAACCACUGGCGUCCCACACAGCGGAGCUGUAAGUGAAGUCGCCGAACCCCCCUGUUGGAAUGGUAUCUCCCAGUCAGGGACUUUUGAAGGUCUUGGAUUUUUCUGCCAGUGUCGGAGGAAUGUCUGCCUAGCGACAGAUGAUCACUGCCGUCUUUUUUACCCGACCUUUUCUACGCUUUCCUAAAGAACUCAUGGACAUUUCAACGACGCGCUUUUGUACAGAUGAAGGUGUAUUAUAAAAUCCUUUUAAUUUAACGUUGCUGUUUUAAAUGCGUAUUUCAAUCAGCUGACAAGUGUUACGUCACAGAGGGGGGGGGGGGGGUUCUUGGCGAACAACAAUGAGCCGUUCUUUAUAUUUGAAUCCUCUUUUUGAUACAGAGAAAGAUAGUUUAUUUAUGAAAGAUUUAAAAGAUGAAAUAAAGCUAUAUUGGUUAAAUACAGAGAUCAACGUAUUUAAAUGAAAAGUUUUAAUAACCUGCAACAAAAAUUUGAUAGAAAACUGUUUGUGAAGUCCGAACCGUCACUCAAGGUUUUAUUUAUUCCCACAACACAUAGUGAUAAUAACUUCUAUUUUCUCCUGUCAGUAUUUCCUCUUUUUGGAAAAUGAUUUAUUAAAAACUCUGAGAACUUU